AUGGGUGGCGAGGAUGGCAGCCCAGGCGGAGACCCUGCACAGCCUCUGAAGCUUGUGCUGCUCCAGAGGAGAAAAAUGCCAAAUUCCGGCGCUGCCCGCUCUCCUGCCCGAGCGCGGCCGCUGGCUUCUCGGACGGCAGAGGAAUCGGGUCCGAGGGGAUCCCCUCUGGGCACCAGCCCAGGUCUUCCGUUACUCCCUCACCAGGCCCUGCCCGAGACGCCUGCUGGUCCCCGCGCCCCCAGUAGUCCCCCUAUCCCGAGCCUCUGGGCAUCGGCCCCGGCCGGAUCGCUCCCUCCCCACCGGCCUCGGUGCUCGGGCUCCGGCGCUGGGGCCUCGGGGCGGGUCCCUGCCGCACGCACCUGCCCCCAGGGGCGGAGCGCGGCGGCGACAACACGGCCCCAGCCUCCGCCACCGGCCGCUCGAGCCGCGCGCCUCCUCGACACCCCCCGCCCCCUGCAGCCGGCGCACCUCCACUCCGCGGCGCCCGCCCUCCCCCUCUUUCUCCGCGUGGUCGGUCCGUCCCUCCGCUCGCUCGGAGCCGCGGCGCCUCGCACUUCUGACUCGAGUCACCGCCGCGCUCGUCUCGCCGCCGGGAUCCGCCGCCCCGCGCCAUGCAGCCGGCCGCGGGCAGCGACCUUGGCCGCCGCUCCCGGCCCGGGCCCGCUGAGCUCCCCAGCGCGCGAGCCGCCGCAGCCCGAGGGGGAGCGGCAGCUGCGGAUCAGCGAGAGCGGUCAGUUCAGCGACGGGCUGGAGGAUCGAGGCUUAUUAGAAAGCAGCACUCGACUAAAACCUCACGAAGCCCAGAACUACAGAAAGAAGGCGUUGUGGGUCUCCUGGUUCUCCAUUAUUGUCACACUGGCCCUGGCAGUGGCUGCCUUUACUGUCUCCGUUAUGAGGUACAGCGCCUCUGCUUUUGGGUUUGCAUUUGAUGCCGUCCUCGACGUCCUGUCAUCGGCGAUUGUCCUGUGGCGUUACAGCAAUGCGGCCGCUGUACACUCUGCCCAUAGGGAAUACAUAGCCUGUGUCAUCUUGGGGGUGAUAUUCCUUCUGUCAUCCAUAUGUAUAGUGGUCAAAGCCAUCCAUGACCUCUCAACUAGGCUGCUCCCAGAAGUGGAUGAUUUCCUGUUCAGCGUCUCCAUUUUAAGUGGGAUCCUUUGCAGCAUCCUGGCGGUGUUGAAGUUUAUGCUGGGGAAGGUUCUGACCAGCAGAGCACUCAUAACUGAUGGGUUUAACUCCCUCGUGGGUGGCGUGAUGGGCUUCUCCAUUCUUCUGAGUGCGGAGGUGUUCAAGCAUGACUCGGCAGUCUGGUACCUGGAUGGCAGCAUAGGUGUGCUGAUCGGCCUCACCAUAUUUGCCUAUGGGGUCAAACUCCUCAUCGACAUGGUGCCCAGGGUGAGGCAGACGCGCCACUACGAGAUGUUUGAGUGAAGGUGGCCAGAGCCGUCAGCUCUGCAUCCGCCUGAAGACUGUCAGGACGACAAGAAGUUUCCACACAGGCAGAUGGUGCCAAUAUUUAACUGAACAUCCAAUUUCUUUUUUGGAAAGUUUGUGCACAUGGGAAUGAGGUCUGCCCAGCAGGUCGGUCUGCACUGCUCCCCCUCGCUCCACUGCCCUCGUCAAACACCUUAAGACAAUGCACACAGGAGGGGAGACAGGUCUCCCCAU